AUGCGCGAAAUCAUUCACAUCCAGACCGGCCAGUGCGGUAACCAGAUUGGUUCUGCGUUCUGGGAGACGCUGACGGCCGAGCACUCGAUUCAGGGAGACGGCACGUGGAACGGCAGCCCCGAGAACAAGCAGACGCAGCUUGAGCGCAUUGACGUGUACUUCAACGAGGCCGCCGGCGGUCGCUACGUGCCGCGCGCGGUGCUGGUGGACCUGGAGCCCGGAACCCUGGUUGAUAUCCGCGAGCAGCGUCUCGGCGGGCUGUUCCGCCCGGACAACUUUGUCAACGGGCAGAGCGGCGCUGGCAACGUGUGGGCCAAGGGCCACUACACGGAGGGAGCAGAGCUUGUCGACCAGGUGCUGGAUGUUGUGCGCAAGGAGGCAGAGAACUCGGACUCGCUGCAGGGCUUCCAGUUCACCCACUCGCUGGGCGGCGGUACCGGCUCCGGUAUGGGCACGCUGCUGCUGUCCAAGAUCCGCGAGGAGUACCCGGACCGCAUGAUGACCACUUUCUCGGUUGUUCCGUCCCCCAAGGUCUCCGAUGCUGUCGUCGAGCCGUACAACGCUACGCUCUCGGUGCACCAGCUGGUGGAGAACUCGGACAUGGCCUUCUGCAUUGACAACGAGGCCCUGUACGAUAUCUGCCAGGGCACGCUCAAGCUGCCGAGCCCGGCGUACGAGGACCUGAACAACCUGGUGUCGAUGGUGAUGUCGGGAGUCACGACCUCGCUGCGCUUCCCUGGACAGCUGAACGCUGACCUGCGCAAGAUGGCGGUCAACCUGGUGCCUUUCCCGCGCCUGCACUUCUUCAUGGUCGGGUUUGCUCCUCUGGGCAACGCCAAGAGCGCGGCGUUCCGGCGCACCACGGUGCAGGAUCUCACCCAGCAGCUGUUCUCAUCGAAGAACAUGAUGGCGGCGUCCGACCCUCGUCAGGGCCGGUACCUGGCAGCGGCAGCGAUCUACCGCGGCAAGGUGUCGACGAACGACGUCGAGGAGCAGGUUCUGUCGAUGCAGGAGAAGAACCCGGGAUACUUUGUCGAGUGGAUUCCGAACAACGUCAAGGUUGCGGUGUGCGACAUCCCGCCCAAGGGCCUGGACAUGUCGGCCACGUUCAUUGGCAACAACACGUGCAUCCAGCAGCUGUUCCGCCGUGUCAACGAGCAGUUCUCGGUGAUGUUCAGGCGCAAGGCCUUCCUGCACUGGUACACUGACGAGGGCAUGGACGAGAUGGAGUUCACUGAGGCCGAGAGCAACAUGAACGACCUGAUCAACGAGUACCAGCAGUACCAGGAGGCCGGCGUCGAGGAGGAGGAUUACGACGGCUACGAGGACGACGCUGCCAUGGACGGCGGUGCGUACGACCAGCCCAUGGAGGGCGAGUACGAGCAGUAA